AUGGACAAGGACAGAGACAACCUUUGGUCCCGUCGUACAAAUGUUGGUAAACUUUCCCUGUCGAUGGACAAGUCAGACCGUAAUGAUGGCCACACGUCUUCGAAACGCUUCGGCAGCACAUCCUCCCAUGGUCGCAACAACCCUUUCAACGCUGUUACGCCUUUGAGUACUAGUGGUAUUUCCUCGCCCACUACUGGAGCUUCUGGCGCUUUCGGUCUGGGCUCAGGCGCCUUUGCUUCAUUUGGUUCUGCAACAAAGACACCCAAGACACCCGGCACCGCAUUUGACUUUGCCAAAGCUGUCGCUGGCACACCCACGACCGCCAACUCGGCCGAGAAGAAGGAUGGCGAUGAGAAGAAAAGCUUUUCCAGAAAGGUUGCGCCUGUCACAACGCCUCGUCCUACCACUUCGCAAUCAACAGAGCCGGCAGCACGGGGCAAUGACAGCCCAUGGCCGCUCAAGUACACAUGGGUCAUCUGGUACAGACCCCCCACGUCCAAGAACUCAGACUAUGAAAAAUCUACUAGACCUAUGUGCAAAAUUUCAACAGCACAACAAUUCUGGCAGGUCUACUCACACCUCAAACAUCCCUCUGGACUUCCUACCGUGUCAGACUACCACUUCUUCCGUGACGGCAUCAGACCUGUUUGGGAGGAUGAGGAGAACAAGAAGGGAGGAAAGUGGAUUCUAAGAUUGAAGAAGGGAGUGGCAGACCGCUACUGGGAGGAUCUGCUCUUGGCCAUGAUCGGAGAUCAGUUCGCCGAGGCUGGUGAGGAGGUUUGUGGUGCAGUUGUUAGUGUGCGCAGUGGCGAGGAUGUUUUCAGCAUCUGGACCAAGAACGACGGUGGCAGGAACGUCAAGAUUCGGGAAACCAUCAAGCGCGUCCUGUCUCUGCCAGCAGACACCAACAUGGUUUGGAAAAGCCAUGAUGACAGCAUCACUCAACGCAGCGCCAUUGAUCAGGCACGUCAAGAAAAGACAGGCCACCACGGCGAGAGACGCCGCAACCAGAACCAAAGCUCGACGGGCAACGGCACGGGCGAGCAGGAGAAGGCGGCAGCAUCAUGA